UAAAAUAGCAGCGCUGGGUGAGGAAAAGGUGGGCAUGCUUUGUUGCUUCACUUCUUGCACUGCAGAGGGAAAAUAUGAUGAGGUCUCAUGUCAGACAAAUGACAACAACACAUUCGAAUGUCUUUUGUUGUGGCUGCCAGCAGCUUCCCUCAUGCUGAUUCGAAGCCCGCUUCUGCAGCUCGACAGGAAAUGGGAGGUGGCAGCAGAGGUGUCUCGUAUUAUAGCACACGAGCAGGGCGUCGGUACAGCAGGCUCCUUGCGCGAGAAGAAAGGAAGGAGGUCGUGUGUCGCCGGCCACAGCUGGACCGCGUCCGGGACGUCUCGCCCGCCGUCUCUCCAGAACGUGCCCGAGAGGGCGCGGGCGCCCUGGUGGAGCUGACGGGAACGCGCGGGCCGGGGGCAUGUGAGUUCGCUCUACUGCGUCAGCUGGGACGACGCGGUGCCGGGUCGGCGGAUUGGCUGGGUGGGUGCGCGCGCCGGGGGUCUCGCCAUGCCUGUGAUACUGGGGGAGAUCAAGGUGCUGACCAGGCCCCUCUCCGUUGUGCGGAUCUGCGAGCUCUUCUCAACCUGCUUGGCCUUCAGCCUGGAGGCCUCCCUGGAGUCGGAGUCCAUCGACCGCUCGGCUUUUAAACACUUCUGCACGUUCACCUGGUGCUUCUUCUUUGUGCUCACCCUCCUCAUCCUGCUGGUGGACUUCAUCCAGUUCCAGAGCAUCAUCCCGCUGUCUUGGAAGAACUUGCCCAUCACCGUGGCCACCCUGGCGGCACUCAUGGGCCUCACCUCGUCCGUGGGGUUUGCGUGCUUCGUCGUGGUGCGCUGGGAGGACGCGAAGGCCGUAGCGGUCACCGUUUGCUCCUGCCUGGCCUUCCUGGCCUACGCCAGCGAGGUCCACCUCAUCCGGCUCCAGAGCAGGGAGCAGAGAGGCUACAUGGCCAGCGCCCCCGGGCUGCUCAAAGUCUUCCAGGUGUUUGGGGGCUGCGUCAUGCUCCUCCUGCUCAGCGAACUGGAACCGCAUAAACUCUCAAACUGGUACUCCUGGGUCUCGGUGGGGAUGAAGCUGCUCUGCUUUUUCAUGUCCCUGGGCACCGUACUGGUCAUGCUGGGCGACUGCGCCGGCCGCUGCCCGCUACCCUUCGACCGCCUGCUGGCGGGAUUCUGUCUGUUGGCUGUCCUGCUUUACAUGGCCAUCACAGUGUUGUGUGUCACUGAAAUCCUGGAGAUCUCGAAGACCAGAGUUACCUUCACGAAGCUCACCGACUCCAUACCCUUUAUUGAAACCAUAGUUGCCUGCCUCAUCCUGUUGACCUACACGGUAGACCUGGCUUUCUCAGUCAAACUCCUGUGUGAUCGGGCAUAAACACUCCUUUUGGGAAAGUAUGUCAAAUAUCUUA